AUAGUAAUGGAAAAACGCAGCCAAAUUCUCUGUAUUCUAAGGGUUAAAUUCACUCCAUUCCAUUAGUCUGACACAAUGAGGUCUCUCGGUUUUCUUCUUCAUCAAAUUGAGUGUGAGGAUUAACACAAGUCUGCAUCCUUUGAAAAGUUUUAUGAACUUUUCUGACACAUGCUCUUCUUUUUCUUUGGAAUAUAGUUUUUUAUAUUGGUCUUUUAGUAUAGCGGAUCAUUUUAACUUUAAUCAGAGUCUAGUUCAGAGUUGUACGUGUCUAUUACCGCUAAAGACAAGGAAUAAAGUAACGCAGCACCAUGGAGAGUGCACAUUUAGUCAGCCAGUGCUUCGUUAAAGAACGUGUUCCAAUAAAUGAGCACAAAAUGUCUAAAUCAUGAUUCUUUGCAAGUGGAAAUUGUAUCCUAAUUGUCCCUGAAACUUUCAUUUCACAGGUUCUGUGGUACUGACUAAGGCUGGAUGAUGUUGCAUAGAAAUGGAGACAAUGAAACAUGACUCUUGUCCAGUAACUCAACACUGCCUGCAUACACACAGCUUGUAUCUGGUGUCAGCAUGUGCCGGUCAGCGCCAGCUGGAUUUCCAUUUCACCCCAGACUUAGUUGUAUGAGUUCACCAAACUGUGACCGUGUAAUAUUAUCAGAUCCACACUUGAUAACUGGUUGAUGGGCAGCAGCGUGCAGUGAUUGCCCGUUGGAUAUGAACAUACUCUGAUAAUCGCACAGCAGCACAAUAUGAUGUCUAAAGUUUCCAAAAAUGCACAGCAGGAUUAAAAUGACUUUCAAAAGUCACAGGUACUCGGCAAACUAUUAUGUGAUAUUGCUUUAUUGUUUAUUUUGGGAUGUUUAAAAGGGGAUGUUUUUUUAAGCCACACAUCUGCUCACACACACGGUGCUGUGGGUUGGAUUGUGUGUCACUCAGUCACACGGAUGCCAUUGUUUAUUGUAACCCUGUCACUCUGGCUGUCCCAGGAAUUCCGACCUACCUCACAGACCGCAAGCAAAGACGAGGGAGACCAGUCCUAUCGAUGAAACCAUCAGUGUUUCCACCUUUGUCCACCCGGACCAAGGAGACUGCUGAUAUUAUCUGCAUGACAAGGAUGAAAAAAGAAACCUUCUCUGGAUAGAUUCUCACCAUUCACAAAACACGUGUUUCAUCCUCUCUGCACCAGUCUUUCCAGUGUGAGCCAGAUGGAGCCUGUGUCUUCGCUAAACCACAGCGUCCUACCUGGUCUAAAUGGCAACGUCAUACCUGAGCAUCAAGCACAUUACAUCAAUACAUGUAGGAAGAAAAAUAAACAUCGCCUCAAUGACCAGCUUAUACCAAAACCAACUGAUAUAAAUAUGGCGGAGGAAAUGACCAAAAUUGCAAGUACAAAGGAACAUCCCUAUGCAUCCCACAUCUCCCGGUUUGCAAUGUUCCCAUCCUUCCACUCUUCAUAUGGCACAGAGACCAACCUUCUCCCCCCAAAUUGUGCACCAGACAUGACACUAAAGAGCAAAACGUUUGGAGGUCCAUAUAGACAUGAAAUCUUGGCAUUACCAAUGAAAAGCAGAAAGAAGGCUGUUAUGUUGACUGGAAAACAUGGCUUCUUGGAUCCACUGGAGGGAGAAAAAGCAGUGUUCUGCCCCACUCCUCCAAACAAAGUGCUGCCCAAACCUAAACCUCGGCUCUGGGAUUUUUCUCAUGCAGCAACAUGUCAAAAAAAUAUGGAGAGGACACAGUGGGUCACCUCUUACCAAACGCACUUCACAGAAUGUGGACGAGCAAAUCCUCUGAUAAUAGAUGACUUCAAGGAAAAAAUUAAUGGCUCCACUGGGGUGAAUUCACACACUACAACCUUGAGACAACAAUCUCAUCCUUUAUUUGUUCCCUCUAAACCAAAACAAGCAUGUAGAAUUAGAGAGGGGAGCCCUGUGAGCAGCACCUGCAGUGCCACUGCUGCUGGAUUCCUAAAUCCAUCUUUAGCUCUGAAGAAAGACACAGCUACAGCAACUCGAAAGCAACAGAGGCCACAGGAGAUCACAGCUCAGCAUAAUGAGGAGGCGGAUUUAAAUCCAAAGGGCCACAGUCAGUCAGGGAACAGCAUUGGCUCCACAGAAGCACAGACAGCUGAGCUGUCUCACGAUGACUCACAUAAACUGCAAGCUGAGCACAAACUCAAAAACUCCACAGUUUGGUUUGAUAAAAGUCCCGAGCAAGUAUUUACGUCACAGAACAACCAAGAGGGAAACACUGCAGACACCGAGAGGCACCUGGAUCUUUACGGCCGCCCACUUCCCGACAGAGAUUUGAGCAGUCUGACUGAAUUCUGUGGAGAACCAUGCAUCAAAAAGCCAGAAUUUGAAGUUGAAAGAAAUGUGUCAAGCCACAGUCAACUGCCAUGGCCUGCAGGCCUGCCGGGCAUUCGCCCAGAGGACAGAACUGGGACUGUGGGUGGAAUAAAUGCAGCUCAAAGUCUCCUGGAGCUUCAGAAUUCCUUCAGUAAGUCGUCAGCCCAUCACAGAUUUAAUAACUCCAUCACAUAUGCACAUGUGAACCUGAGAGACAAUGUUGUCACAGGGAGAAAACACAACUUUUAUGGGAUCAACUCUUGCUACCUCCAUGGAUAAUCUCAUGAAUCUAUGGAAAAACAAAACAACAUUAUUAUUAUUUUAAAUAAGUGUUCACCCUGGA